GCUUUAUUCAAGACCACAACGCGUUAUUUACAACAGGUCGCACGGGACGGUAGGAUAACAACAGCGUGUCAGUGAGAGAUUGAAGCCGACGAUCACGAUGGCAGACAGUGAGAAGACUAAUGAGACUGACGUGGCAGCAGCCCAACAGGCUAAUGCAGAUCAGCAGAGUGUUGUGUCCAGAGUAAGCAACCUGCCCUUGGUCAGCUCAGCUUGUGAGGUGGUGUCCGGUGCCUACAGCAGCACGAAGGACAAUGUGCCCUUGCUGAAGGGAGUGAUGGAUGUUGCAGAGAGUGGGGUUCGAACAUUAGGGGCAGCUGCCACCACGGGGUCCAAACCUCUUUUGGAUAUGCUGGAGCCACAGAUUGCCACAAUAAAUGACUAUGCUAUGAUGGGACUUGACAAGAUGGAAGAGAAGCUGACCAUCCUUCAUCAGCCAGCAGACAAGUUGGUGUCAGACACAGUGGGCAUGGUGUAUCAGUCAGUGGCAGGAGCCAAAGAUGCCAUGACUGGAGCUGUGAUGGGAGCUGUGAAGGGUGGUGUCGAUCUGACCCGGGCUGCAGUCAGCGGAGGCAUCAGUUCAGUCCUGGGAACCCGCAUGGGGCAGAUGGUCAGCAGUGGGAUGGGCCUGGCCCUCAGCCGGUCUGAGGACUGGGUUGAACAGAACCUACCACUCAGCGAGAGGGAGCUGGCUGCACUCGCUGAGCCCAAUGCGAGUGAGUUGACUGCCACACAGUCCAGCCCCAGUUACUUCGUCCGUCUGGGGAAACUCUCUGCCAAGGUCCAGGAGCGAGCCCUGGAACAGUCACUGCUUAGAGCUCGGCAUGCCAGGGACACCACCUAUUCUUCAAUUGCACAGAUCACCAAUACUCUGGAUCUGCUGGAGAGUGCCCGCACCACUCUGGGUACCGCUGGUAAUCAGAUUGGAGGAGCCCCAGAAAAACUGCUCCAACACUGGAAAGAGUGGAAGGAAAGACAGUCUGGAGAUGGGCAGAUGGAAGCAGAGCUGGAUGUUGCUACAGAUGAGCGUGAGCGCCUGGAAUGGCAGGCUCUAUCCAUGGUCCGAGGUCUUAGUGACCAACUGCGGUCAGCGUGCUCUGGUGUGGUGACCAGUGCCCAGGGUCUACCAAGUAUGGUCCAGGACCAGCUGGCCAGCGCACGGCGAUCGGCUGAAGAACUUCACUACUCCCUAGGGAAUACCAGCAACCUCACUCCUCUCCUCCUGGAGCAGAGCCGUCACCACCUAACACAAGUGCAGCAGUCUCUGGAUGGUGUCAUGGAGUAUCUUCUGAACAACACUCCACUCAACUGGCUGGUUGGGCCCUUUGCCCCACAGAUCACUGAGAAAGAAAAAGAAGACCAGCCAAUGCAGAUGGCUGACCCACAGAAAUAAACUGGAUGAUUUUGUUCUUUGGGUUGGUGUUAUAGGGUGAAAGAAAUGUGAACUGAUGUUUGAAUGGCUCACUGGAAAAAUACCUGUUAGCUUUAUUGAGAAAGAUUUUAAAUUUGUGUGUAAUUGUGUUUUCUGCACAACAUGCUAGUGCUAUUGUAUGGACUUGAGACUGAAAAGAAGAAAGUUUUACUUUGGAAAUUAUAUUUUGAAUUUAAAGAAUGAAAGUUGAAUCAGUUCAUCCGGACACAAUGUUUAUUGAGAGAAACGUUUCAUCACUCAUCUAAGUGACUUCUUCAGUCUCAACUGACUGCAGGUAUCCCCACCCUUAUUUAGAUACCCAAUUUAGAUACAGUGGCAUAACGACCGAAAACGAUCAGUUUAUACCUAUAGGUCAGUUGAGACCGAAGAAGUCAUUUAGGUGAGCGAUGAAACGUUUCUCUCAAUAAAUGGUUGUGUCCAAAUGAACCGAUUCAACUUUCUUUCUUCGAUUUUAUUACCUGGAUUAUUGAGCAUGCUUAAAAUAUAUAUUUUGAAUUAUUUUUUGAUAGUGCUGUAUUUUGAAAAAUAAUUGAAACAUUUGUGCAUUUAGCCAAAUGAAAACAAAUAAAAUAAAAUUUUAUGUUACCUGGAAAAUGUGACGUCGCCGAUUCACUACCAGCACAAAAAUGUGUCAAAAUGAUGUCAUAGGACUAGAAUUGAACUGUAUAACUUCAGUUGACUGUAAAGACCAGCUCAAGAUGUUCAGAUGGCCCCUCACACCCGCAAUAGGAGGACUCGCUCUUCUGAUAUUAAGAGUUAUCUAGCGCUUAACACGU